CACGGGCUGAAAUCUGUGCUGUUCUUUCAGAGACACUAUCACCCUAUGGUGAGGAAGUUUGCGGCUCAUCUGAUGAAAGGCGCCCCUAGUGAAGGGUCAGGUGCUCUCAGCAUGGAGCUCAGCAGAAGGACUCCAGUGCAGCUGUUUGAAGACUACAGUGUUAAAGACAUGACCUUCAACCCUCCUGUUGCAGGACCGCCCUCAAAGAAAAAGGAACAUUUCACAAUCGGUGAUGCGUUUUUAGAUUCGGAGCUGAAGACGCUGAUUGAUGCUGCGCUUCAAAAUGAGCGCGAGCAGACGAGUCUAGACUUCACAUCACAACACACAGAGCAGGAAACAUCAAUUUAAGAGCUGAAAAGCUGUUUUGUAUACAAUAAAUGCUCCAAGAUACCA